AUGGCAUCGCUCCUGCCGUCCGCGCAUCCCAACCAUUUUCUUACGUUUUAUGCGCGUCAGAAGUUGUCUCCUGCCGGCCUCGCCUCCAAGCCAUUUCCCGUCCCCAUCGCCGCCACCGCGUUAGUCCAUACCGUGUCACCCGACCGGAUCGUUCCCACACGCCUCUUUCCCGCCUCCUGCGUCACGCAUUCCCGCUCUUCCCUCACUCUCCCCCGCCCUCUGCGCCAUGGCAUGCGCAAGCAAUCUCUCCCCCGCCCUUCCCACAUACCUCCUCUCUUUCCGCCUCUCUCAACCGGUCUUCCACCCACCCACCCUCUCCUUCUCCCCCUCUCCUUCCCCGCCACCCUCCCUCCCGCCCCUCCGCCUCCCUGCACGGCCAUUUCCCCACUUCCCGCGGCCCCCCUCCCCCAGGCGUGGGAGGACGCCUACGGGCUGUCGUCCCCGUCGCUGCUGCCGCCGUCGCCGCUCGUGCUGCCAGCGCACGUGCCGGAGGCGCCGCACCUGGUGGACUGCGCGGCGGGCGUGGCGCUGAGGGAGCGAACAGAGGCGGACGAAGAGGGGAGGGCUGCGCCGUGGACUGGCGUGGAUGGGUGCGACGCGCGACCCGCAUGGGUACUUGUGGGGGGCAUGGAGCGUGUGGGGGGGGGAAGGGAUCGGGGAAUGGGAAUUAUGCGAGCAUGGAGUCGAAGCAUGGCUGUGGUUGCUGCUGCGCUACUGCCUCCUUGUCCCCGUCUUGUCGGAGGUGCAGCAGUACAGUGUGACUGUAACAGCACCACGCCGCGUGCCCCAGCGGUCGUACGCCCAUCGCGGGUCGUCACCGUGCUUCUAACUCAACCCCCUCGCCCCCUCGCCAUGUGCUCAUCGCCAUGUGCGUGUGCACCCCCCUGUGCCCCCCACCAGGUGCGCGGGCCCUCCAGUGCGAGUGCGCCCAUGACGCGCCGUGUGCAGGCGGACAUUUGGCGCCACCAGUUCCCGCCUGGCCCCUGUGACACGCACCGCCUGCUGCUCGUCGACUGGCGCCUCCUGCGCUCCAUGCCCUCCUCGUCCCCUGCUGGCACUGGCGGAGCGGACUGGGAUGCGCGGGGCAGCGCGGGGGCGUGGAAGGAGGGCAUGGCGUGGAGGGUGCAGGCCAUGGCGGCGCUGCUGGGCGUGGCCAUGGCUCACAACCGCACGCUCGUGCCCCUGCCCCGCUCCUUCCCUGCUGCCACCGGCAAGGCCUGCUCAGGUGUGCUGGUGGGAAGCGGAGGAGGAGAUUUGGGAAAUUCCACCCCUUUCUCCCCCUUCUCCCCUUUCUCCCCUUUCUCCCCCUUCUCCCCUUUCUCCCCUUUCUCCCCCUUCUCCCCUUUCUCCCCCUUCUCCCGCUUCUCCCCCUUCUCACCCUUCUCCCCUUUCUCCCCCUUCUCCCGCUUCUCCCCCUUCUCCCCCUUCUCCCCCUUCUCCCCUUCUCCCCCUUCUCCCCCUUCCCCCCCUUCUCCCCUUUUUCCCCGUCCACCCUCUCUACCUCUUUUCUUUCCUCCCCCAUUUUUCCCCUUCCCCUCCCUUCCGCACCUCCUCCCCGCCCCCCUGUCACCAGAGCAACAGCAGGAGGCGGACUGGGCGUGUUUGUUUGCGCCCGUCACAUCAUCCGCGUGUGCGGCAUCAGCAGCUGCACGGGUGCCGGCCAAGUGCACGGGCAGUGCGGACGUGGAGGGCGCAGCCAAGGGGGCGGAUGACGUGGUGUGUGCGGGGGAGGGCGCGGAUGGGGAUGCACUGCUCAACCACGUGGACGUCAGGUGGGUGGGGGGGACAGGGGGAGACGGAGGGGAGGGGCAGGACGCGUGGGGGGUGAGGGCAGGGGAGGGAGGGAAGGACGAGGACCACGAGUGGGACCGAUGGGGCAACCCUCACAAGGAGGGUGCUUACUCGCUGCUGGAGAAUGGUGAAGCCACAAGCGUGAACGACACGCAGCUCAAGCCCUUCAACUCGUCUCUCAACCUCCUGCCAUACCGCUCUCGUUUUCCCAUGCCUUCCCCCUCCCGGGCACCAACCGGCCAUCAGGCGAACUGGUGGCGUGCACAGGCAGUGCGCUUCCUGCUGCGCUGGCCCUCCUUACACCUGUGCCAUGUGGGCAACAUGCAGCGCCAUGCGGCGUUGGGCAUGCAUGCGGCGGCCCGCCUUGCAAUCUUCAGGGGGGACCAGGCCAACCUGCUGCACUCCGUCUCUGCCAAGGCCGCUGCUGCUGCUGCUGCCAAGGCAGGGGGAGGGGACCCUGCACAGGCUUACUUCAACAUGAGCCGCGAGGCAGAGGAGAUGCGCCGUGUGAUUGAAUCCAAGGGUCCAGAUCUGCGGAGUGAGGUGUGGCUGGCAGCUGAUCAGCAUAUCCCUCUGAGCAACUUUACAUCACCUGCUGCUGAGGUGCCUAGAGUGAACGAAUUAUACGAGAAGGAUUUGUUGCAGCUUGCAGCAGAGCCAUACAUGGUUCGACCAAUCACAGGCGUCCACAUGGCUAGUGCCUCGUUAGGCUUAUUGAAUGGCAGUGGUGCUGGAGGUGGAACAGCAGGCGUGGAUGAGGCAUCAGCAGUGAGUGGAGUGUUCAUGUUCCAUGUGAAUCGAAUGAGGCGCUACUCCUUUGACAUGCGCCAUGUCUGGAUGGACACCGACUCACAGCCAUUCUUUGAUGCAGUGCUCUCAUUCUCUGACUUCACAAUCCUGCACUCGCGGGAGCACCAGCAGUCUGCAUCAGCUGGUGGUGGCAACAAAGGUGGGGAGCUGACAGCAGCGCACCACCUGGCGCACCUCAUCAUGUCGUCACACUGUGACCACUUCGUUGGCUCGCUCUCUUCUCGCUGGACCCAGCUUAUACACGACCUCAGGUGCACCAAUGGACGAGCAUUUGCAGGAGAUGUUGCUGUUUCCUUGGAUUGA